AUGGCAAAGGUACUUCUCACUGGUGGAAGCGGUUUUAUUGCUGCUCACAUUCUCAGGAUUCUCCUUGAGCGGGGGUACACCGUCAUCACAACGGUGCGCUCGCAGGAAAAGGGCGAUCAGAUUAUCAAAGCGCAAACCGAGACGUUGAAGGCCAAACUUUCGUAUGCAAUCGUGGGCGAUCUUGCUCAAAAGGACGCUUUCGAUGCUGUCGUUCGGUCUAGCCCUGAACUCGACUACGUGAUUCAUACUGCAUCUCCGUUUCUGGCCAAGUUUGAGGACCCUAUUCUAGAUGUUCUCGAACCGGCCAUCAAUGGAACCGUGGGCAUUCUCAGGGCUGUCAAGGAGUAUGCUUCCCAGGUAAAACGUGUGGUUGUGACCUCUUCGUUUGCAGCCAUUGUAAACACUGAAUCUCCACCAAAGGUUUAUGAUGAAAGCUCAUGGAAUCCUGUCACAUGGAACGAGGCUUUGUCAGAUACAUCCAAGACAUAUCGUGGAAGCAAGACGUUUGCAGAAAAAGCUGCAUGGGGAUUUUUGGGUAAAGAAAAGCCUUCAUUCGAUAUUACCACUAUCAACCCGCCACUUGUUUAUGGCCCCAUUGCUCACCACCUCGAGAAUCUUGAUCGGCUCAACACGUCAAAUUUGAACAUUCGAGAUAUUAUCCAGGGUAAAUACAAAGACAACCCCCUGCCUCCCACGGGCACGUUUCUUUUCACCGAUGUCAGAGACCUUGCACUUGCGCACGUGAGGGCCAUUGAGGUUCCUGAAGCUGGAGGGAAGCGUUUCUUUCUCGUUGCGGGACACUGCUCGCAUAAGCAAAUUGUGGAUGGGCUUCGGAAGACUCAUCCUGAGCUUUCGUCCCGGCUUCCAGAAAAUCCGCGGGACGACUUCCCUGCUGAUGUGUACGGUUAUGACAAUUCACGAGCGAGGGAAAUACUCGGGAUUGAAUUUAAACCGCUCUAA